AUGUGUAUCGCACUCAUAUCUACAGCACAUCCCUCGUAUCCAUUGAUUCUCAUCGAUAAUCGGGACGAAUUUCUCAAUCGUCCAACUGAGACGGCGAAAUGGUGGCCAGAACCGGACUCCCACGUCCUUGGAGGUCGAGAUAUGCUUCGUGAUAUUCAUGGCACCUGGUUAGGAGUGACCAAAAAUGGCAAGAUUGCCGUCUUAACCAACUACCGCGAAGACACGACACCACCACCCUCUGCCAUCAGCCGGGGAGCCAUCAUUCGAAAGUUUCUGGCCGAAAGUGUGGGCCCCGUGGAAGAUUUUGUCAAAAAUGUGGUCAAUACCGGCUUAGCCAAAGAUGCUGGAGGAUUCAGCCUCGCCUGUGGAAAUAUCGGCGAAAAGCUAGCCGUCAUCUCCAACCGUGCCCAAGACCAAAGUCAAGUCCCCUGGAUCGCAGGUGAUACCGUUCAAACGGUGGGCCUCAGCAAUGCAGCGUUUUCGGAUCGAUCAUGGAAGAAAGUCACCCUCGGCGAAGAGCUCAUGCUCAAUGCCAUCCGCGACAGUGUCGAAAAGAACGAAACGGAAGAUCAGUUGAUCCAAAGGUUUCUUGAUCUUCUGAGUUACGAUACUCUGCCACGAGAAGGCCACGACGAUGACGCCGGUCUGGAAGCCUACAUCCCAAGAUUGCGCGAUUCGAUAUUUGUUCCCACGCUCGGACGGAAGGACAUGACUGGCCUGACCGAGGACGAGAUGCGUACGGCAAGAAAGCAUGAGAAGAUCGACAUUAUCGGCCAUAAUACUCCGAUUCGCCACCAUAGUCCCCCGAAUCAUGUUCCGACGCAAGCACAUCCGCUGGGUGUCAGUGGACUUUAUGGAACACAGAAGCAAACUAUUGUCCUCACUGACAAAGACAUGAAUGUUCGGUUUUUUGAGAGGACCCUAUUUGAUGAGGAUUCCGAACCGAUACCACCGGGCAAAGGGGACAUCGACGUGCGGUUUAAGAUCGAGAAUAUGUGA